UGUUUGGAAAACGUGACUGAAACUCAGAAACACUGUAAUGCUCUGAGUUCUGUGCAAUGAACUUUUCCGAAGCUAAAAAUGAAAUUCUACAGGUUUUGUCUCGAACAGAUUCCCGCGACCUUCCCAAGCUGCUUGAAUGGAUAAAAAAUUCUGAUGACCUGGACGAGUGUCUAGUCGAUAAUCAAAGGGUUAUACUCCAGAGCAUAGCGGAGGAUCUUCGGUCGUGUCUUCCCUUGGAGGCUAUGUUUCCUACCGAGACACUGGCCAUUCAAAAGACUCAACAGAAUCCUCACCCUACUGUACAUGUAGAUGCUUUUCUGUAUGAUGAGGAGACAGUUGACUCACUAUGUGAGGAGGGCAAGAUGAGUCGCAACUUCUGUCUGAAUUGCGGGUCUCACAGAACAGCUCCAUUGGAAUUCAUCUCACAUUCCUUCUCUAUCAUGGAGCUCCAGUUCCUAUUUCAGCAUGUUCUUCCAGACCUGACUGGAAAACUAGUGGUGGAUGUGGGCUCCAGACUCGGCGCAGUGCUCUAUGGAGGUUACCUUUACAGUGCAGCAGCUCAUCUUGUCGGUGUCGAGAUCAGUUCGGAGUUUGUCCAGCUUCAGUCCAUGACUGUGGAGAAAUAUGGUUUCGGUGACAGAAUUCAGGUAAUUCAUGCUGACAUCUGCUCCCAGGCAAACCUCUUACAAAAUGCAGAUGUACUCAUUAUGAACAAUGUGUUUGAGUACUUUCUGGAACCCAGCGACCAAAUGAAAGCCUGGCAAUGUAUCAGUCACAGUUUUCGAAAGAAAGGUGCACUAUUAGUUACUGUACCUAGCAUCCAAGAAGCUUUUACUUCACUUCAAAAGAAUGACGGAGCAUCAGCUCUCAGCCAGUGGAUUGAGGAAUUGCCUCUGGAUUACGGUGUGUACCUGAAGGGUGACUCAGACCCAGAAGCAUUAAAACAAAUCCACCUCUACAGGGUUCUCUGACUUAGAGCGCCUCAGAGUCUUACAUAGCCGCAGACUGUUCCAGAUGACACAGACAAUGCUUUCUACCACUCAUCACAGCUGUUGGGCUUCACAAUUCUACAGUGCCUCACCACUGCAGUACAC